UAGGAAAACUGAUUUUGGAAAGGUGUUGUGGAGUUCCUUUAGUCAUAAGGACGAUAGCUGGUACGCUAUCUUUUAAAGAAACUAAAAAUGAGUGGCUUUCUUUUAAAGAUAAUGAACUUGCUAAAAUAUCUCAGAACGAAUGUCAGAUUCUACUUAUACUUAAGUUGAGCUACGAUCAUCUCCCAUCCCGUUUAAAGCAUUGCUUUGUUUAUUGCCGAUUGUAUCCAAAAGAUUAUGUAAUUCGUGUACAAACUCUUGUUCAACUUUGGAUUGCACAAGGUUUUGUAAAGCAAUUUAAUCAAAGUAAAUCUCUUGAGGAGAUUGGGUUUGGGUAUUUUAAAGAUUUGGUUGAAAGAAGUUUCUUUCAAGAGGUAGUAGAAUAUGGAAUUGGGGAUAUGAGAUGUAAAAUGCAUGAUUUAAUACAUGAUCUAGCUGAAUCAAUAGCAGGGACAGAGAGUAGUAUUGUACAUUCAAAUAAAAUUGCAAGUAAGGAUGGUGAAAAGUGUCGCCACAUAUCAAUUAAUCCUUCAUUAAUUCCUUUGUUUAAGGGAAAAAAGUUGCGAACCUUGUUACAGUUUCCAAACAAGAGAGUUCCAAAUUUGAGUGAUGAAACUUGGAAUUUUGUAAUUGCAAAUUGUAGAUGUUUGCGUGUACUAGAAUUGUAUGAUUUUGACUUUAAAAUGAUUCCACGCUCCAUUCAUAAGCUGAAACAUUUGAGGUACCUUGAUCUUUCUCGCAACGAAAAUCUUAAGAGCCUGCCAAAGAGUAUUUGCAAAAUACAAAAUUUGCAAAUGCUGAAACUUGACUGGUGUGAUCGGCUUGAAGAAUUGCCGAAGAAGAUUGAAAAAUUGGUGAAUCUUACCCAUCUUGGGUGUGAAGGUUGUAAUGGUUUAACUCAUAUGCCACGUGGAAUAGGAAAACUGAGUUCCCUUGAAACAUUACGCAUGUUUAUAGUGGAUAAAGAUGGUUCCCAUGGUGGUGCAGAUCUAAGUGAAUUGAGUGGGCUUAACAUCUUAAGGGGAGAGCUAAGAAUAACAAAUUUGGGAUUCGCAAAAAAUGCAAAAGAGAAGUUUAAAGCUACUAAUUUGAAAGAGAAGCAACAUUUGAGAUCGUUGGUUUUAGAAUGGAAUCGUCGUGGUGACGAUAAUGAUGCUAACAAGUCACUUGAAGACCUCCAGCCCCAUCCUAACCUCAAGGAGCUCUGUAUUCGAGGAUGGAGGGGUGAUGCAAAGUUUCCAAGUUGGAUUUCUUUGCUCACAAAUCUCGUCGUGAUUAGAAUAUGGGGUCCUAGUAAUGUCAAACAUGUUCCGUCCUUUGCGCAAUUGCCUUGUCUUAAAGAGCUGUCAAUUACUGAUUGUACUGAGCUGGAGUACAUGGAUGAUAAUAGCCCAAAAGGAAGUCAAGGAGAAGCACAAUCAUUCUUCCCAUCGCUUAAGGUUCUCUGUCUCUGGGACUGCCCGAACCUGAAGAGCUGGUGGAGGACGACAAAACCAAUCGAUGAUGAUUCCGACGAGGACGACACAACAGUUAUGGGAACAUCAACCAUGGCAUUUCCUUGUCUUUCCACUUUAACAAUUUCAAAUUGCCCUUUCACUUCAAUGCCGUUGUAUCCUUCACUCAUUGAUGAUCUAAGGUUGGUGGGUACCAGUUCAAGGCCGUUAAAGCAGACCAUGAAGAUGAAUAUUACUAGUUCGACCCCAUCAAGUUCAACCUCUUCUCUUCCUCUCUCCAAAUUGAAAUCUUUAACAUUAGACAACAUUGAGGGAUUGGACACUCACACGCUAGAUGAGUGCCUGCAACAUCUCACCAGCCUCAAAGAUUUAGAAAUAUGGAAUUGCAAGGAGGUUGAUUUAGAGGGCAUGCAAUGGGAAGUCCUUAAGAAUCUCUCUCAUUUGGAGAUUGAUAAUAUUCCAAAGCUGGUGUCUCUCCCCAUUGGGCUUCAACAUCUUGUUCAAUUGAAAACAUUAAAAAUUCAUAACUGCAAUGGAUUGAGGUCACUGUUUCCUGCGUUCCAACAUCUCACUUUCCUUGAAGACUUUUCAGUAAGCAACUGCAAGGAGCUGGAGUUAUCUGCAGCUGGCAUCCAAAUAUUCCAAAAUUAUACAAGCCUAUGCUCUCUAUCGCUGGAAAAUAUGCCAGAGUGUCGGCAUCUUCCGGAGUGGCUUCAACAUCUACCAAAUCUGCAAAAGCUUUAUCUGAGGGAUUUGCCCAAUUUAACAUCGCUCCCGGACGAGAUGCGUUGCCUAACCAAAUUGCAAAAAUUACAUAUAUUUGAAGUUCCUCAGUUGGAGGAAAGGUGUCGGAAGGACAUUGGUGCUGAUUGGCAUAAGAUUGCUCACAUCCCAGACUUUGACAUAUCUGGUUGUUAUUAGGUGGAUUCAAGAAAGGAUCUUGCUUCAAAUUAUUUGGAGGUGAGGCUGAUAAAAUGUUUCAUUAUCUAUAGAUGAACAAUGACAUAUUAAACACACAUGUGCAAAAAUAAGGCUGAUGAUGAUGAUGAUGAGGAUGCCCAAUGUUUGGCCCUUUCGUAAAACUAGCACUGGAAAAUCAUAGACAAUGGCUUUGUGGUUAACCACCAUUCAUGCACAUAACAUAAAGUUCUAUUUAGUAACAGUUCAUUGUUGCCAUAUAGAGAAAAUUGAUGGACUAGAAUCUACCUUGGAGACCUUGAUAUCCUUUGCUCGCUAAGAUACACUUUGUCAUUACCUAAGCACUUCCUUUCUUUCUUUCGAGGAUUGCAAUGUCUCAUCACAUUGAGAUUCUAGAAGAAAUGUUUAUGUAAAGCUUGGUUGAUCCUUCAGCUUAUAUAUAUAGAUAAUUUGUUUUGUGGGUGAUGUGUGAACUUAAAAGGAACACUUAGUGAGGAACUAUUUGCAUAGCUAAAGUAAGUUGGAAGAGUGUUUACUUAAUUAUACAAAGGUGAGGUUGCACCAAGUUUGGAGGGUUGGGCAUAAAAAAUUUCUUUUGUACUGUGAAAUUAAUAGUGAAUUCAUCUUCGGGCAAAACCCCACAGACGUAGGACGAGUUCUGAACUGCAUAAA